CACUCAAUUCUACUCUCAUCCAUACCUGUUAACAGGUAUAAAGUAUAACUCACUCAUUUUAGUCGAAUUCGAAUCGAACAACGUAAACUUGCCAGCGAAAGUGAUAACAAAAAACAACUUCAAAGAAUUUCAUACUCUUCUCAUAUAUGCCAAGUGCCCUGACUGCUGCCGCUGAUGCCGCUGCCAACCAUAAGUAGUAGAGUAGUACCUACAAUUUUUAUUACGUAUCAACCAGGUUUUUUGUGGUAUCACUGGCAGUGGCACUGGUUUGGUAGAUAGAUCGAGGUAUUGGUUGGUAUCUGGUUGGUAUCUCUCAGCGCAAACAAAACAGUCAGAAAACUGGGCAAGUUCACUGUUUUGAACGUCUCCAGCUCGCUGUGGAAUGUCAGUUUCGUGCUAACACUCGUCGUCGGGUGACCGUGGUAUUUUUUCAUAUUCAUUUCAUUCGUGCUAGCGAAGAGAAAGAACUUACCUCCGUGAAUAAUUUUGAAUUAGAAAUGAUGUCAAACUAGAGACUGGCACAAAAAUGUCAGUUAUUUGAGCGCAAUUUUUGUAUCUUUCUUUAUUUUCUUUAUGAAAGUACGGUCUUGAUGUUAUGAGAGAUAGUAAAUUUUGCAGCAAGUGCGUUGUGAGACCGAAAAAAGGAUACGUUAUGAUGUGCUCCUCAGAGUGCCAUGUUUUCAGCGAAGGAAAGUGUUAGUGAUGAUGAUGAUGAAAGAAAUGAUAUGGAUGCCAUUCCAGAGUGAAAUAAUUGCCCAAUACUGUAUGUACCAAUACAUAACACGAAUCGAACACGGAAAAUAAUUCAAGGGGUUCAUUAACCAGCUUGCAUCAUCACCAAUUAUUAUUAUUACAUUUUGUGACUGAUAAUUCGUCAAUAAAAACUCACAAAUAUGUUCAAGAAUACAAAACCAUUAUCAGCAACACCAAUUGCUGCUAAUGAUGAUGGAAAUGAGUUCAACAAAUAUACCAAAACUAGGUUACUACAUACCAGAGGAAACCCCAUUUUUAGUUGGAUAAAGAAUUCAUGCAAUAACAACAACAACAACAACGAAGACAAACCAAACUCCAAGCCAAAUAUUAUCUUAUCUUCUGACCAAAUUAAUAAUAAACAAAAUAACAAUAAUAACAAAGAGAAUAAUAAUUCAAGUCAACCUGAACUAAGAGGUGUUCAGAAUUUAAGACAUCUCUGGAAUUCAAGAAUCACAAAAGCUGCCAAAGCUCUCACUCCUGCCAAAAGCUACGGUUGCCUGUUGCAAGAAGAAAAACCACCUCCACCUGACAUUACACGUGCUUUGAGUGUUCAUAAUAUUAUUGAAAGCCUUGAGAAUUCAUCAUCAUCGAACAGGUCGGCGAAAGAUAACUUUUACAAGUACAAAACUGCAGCUACCUUUGAGAAAAAUCGAUGUCAAAGCGCAAGUCCUGCUGCCACACCAAUUCACGCUCUCUCCAGUCUUCGUCUAAGUUUUAAUAAUAACUCUCAAAUUAUAGGAUCCACUAAGGGUGGAGUAGAUAAAACACAGUGGAUGCGUCGCGACGACAUAAUGGUUCCGAAAAAAGAGGAAUCUCCUCUGUUCCCACAGGAAACCAACGACGACGAUGAUAAGACCAACAUGAAUACAAUAAAAACGCCUCAUAUGAUGGAGGCAACACCUGCCACCCCUCAAGUGCCAUCGUCGUCGUUGUUGCAGGCUGUUAUCGACGACGACGCUUGCGAUAACAAAAGCGGCGAACACAAUCAUUCCAUCAGUGAGACGCAAGACACGGAGGAAGGUUCACAUUGCUCUUUGAAUUCGCUGCGUAGUUUGGAAACAACAUCAACGUUGACGACAACUCCAACGACAACAACGACGACAGUAUCGCGUAGAAAAAAUGUUAAUUCCACUCGCAAAUACAGUUUCAAAACUCAAGUGAAAAGCUAUCAUUCCCCCCGCAAAAUGCCUUAUUACAAUGGCACCAAUGCUAGCAAUAAAGUUGCCAAACUAACCCAGCAAUUUAAUGAAAUUAUACAAAAAGAUAAAAAAAUAUUGGACGAAGUGAAGCGAAACAAUGGAAUUCUUAUUUCUCGCGGUGGUCACGUUUAUAAAGUUAUUGACAAUUCAGAUGCAAUGACUAUAGAGCCUUCAUCGGUACCAACAACAACAGUGUUGCCAAAUAGUCAUGAUAAAGAAAUAACUUCUAGUCCGCCGGUAAAAAAUAUUGUUCAACGAGCUAUAAAAACGUUUGAAAGUAAAACAAGUGAAAAGCCGAAAUUACCUUUAAAGAGUGCUCAAGUUUUACGUAAAAAGAAGGAACUUGUAUCUCGAAAAGAAAUUAAAAACGAACUGAAAUCGGUAGUUUUAGAAGAAAUUCAAGAAGAAACUAAGAAUUCUGAUGAUAAAGGUUUUCAACCGGGCGCCAAACGAUUAGAGAAUGACUUUAGUUUGAGAGUGAAUAAUGUAGUAGAAUUAUUAGAAGGUAAUAGAAUAAGAACAAAGACUGAAAUAAAAUUAAAUACAAACAAUGGUGCUAGUAUGAAGAACUCUAAACUGGUGAAAAAUAGUUUAGAUUCCAAAUUUCAUUUCGAAGGAAUUUUCGACAAAGAACCUUGUAAUUCAGAAGAUACUGCUGACUCCAGAGAACAGCAGCCGAAAAUUUUAGAAAAUUUGAACGAAACAGAUUCAAAAUUAACCGAAGAUACUUCCCGAAUAGAAACAGAACUAAUUGAAGAUUGUCAAGACACUUCGGAUAGUGUUUCGGAAGUUCAAAAAGAUUCUUCCGAAGUGCUGCCAGAGGAAAUGAUAUUAAAUGCAUUGGAAGAAGUGAAUCAUAAAAUUGAAUCACUUUGCUCGAGGCAAUUUGACUUAGGGCAUAAUGAUCCAGAGGAACCAGUCAAUGUCAAUGCAGAGGAAACCGUACUAAAUGAGGCUAUUAACACGAGUUUAGUUGAUCAAAUUCAACUUGCUAACGAUGUUGAAGAAGAAGUUAAGAAAAACGAAGAAGUAGUUAUUAAAGAUGAUCAACAGAGUGAAAGCAAAAUACAAGUUCAACAUAAAACUGAUGAAGAAAGUAUUUACGAGUUUAUAGCAACAGAAACGAAAACAAUUACAGGCUUUAGUUCUAGCACUCCAAUUCAACCACAAAAAUCAUUUCUCUUUUGUAAUAAGAGAAAGAUUCUUCAAGCUCAAGAAGAAAAAAAGAGUGACUCCUCCGAAAACUAUGAAUCUAUUAAUGGAUCUAGUGAUUCAAAGCCAUUUAGUGACUAUGGAUAUGAAAUAUGUGAGACACCAGCAGAAGCGCCAGCACCACCUAGACCGAGAAAAGAAUCAACAGAGUCACAAAGAAAUACCACAGAUAAACUGCCAGAACUGCCAAAUCCAAAACGAAUAAUACCCAAAAAAUUAUUCACUACUGUUUUGACAACAAAUGACUUAUCAUCAAGGACAAGUGAUUCGGGGAGUAUUAACGACGAGGAUAGUAUUUAUGAUACCAUCAAAAGCAGUCCACAUUGUUAUGAAUCGGUUAAGUCUGCGAGAGAAAAGGACUACAAGUGUGCUGAUACAGUUUCGCUAACAUCGAAUGGCUAUGAGAGUAUUAACAACUAUCGAAGACGUUCCAUUUUGGGUAAUGCCGAAUCAAGUUCAACUAUUUCAUCGGAUCAUAAGACGAAUAGUCUUUAUGAAGUAUCGAUGGUAAAUGGAUUACUUGCUGGUGGCGGUGGGAGUCACAAUUAUUCACAUUCAUACAUCACAUCAAGUGAGAAUAGUGAUGAUUGGGUGGACAUUUCGGAUAGUGAAGUCAAUGCGUAUGAUCAGAUGGGGAAACAACAAUUUAUUGUUGUAAGAGAACGAACAAAAUGCCAUAGAAGUCCAGACUGGUCAAAACGUGUGAGAGAUAAAAGACUGCAUCAAACAAUAAGUGAUGAUGAUGACGUUGACCAUUAUUACGAGCCUCUAUUUCCAGUAGGUAAUCCUAGUUUUCCAAAAAUUAAUGGAAACACUAGAUCACCAGUUAUACCUAAAAGUGAACACAGUGACGAUUAUGACUCUUUUGAAACUGAUGAUGAUAUCUAUGAAGAUAAUGAAUCAAUGAAGAAGGAUGACAGUGGUGUAGAUAUUUGUAAUGUCAAGCUUCCUGAUCCACCUCCAACCAAAAGGCAAAUUUAUAAUUUUAUGAAAAAAUUCAAAAAUUUAAUUAUAAAAAAGUCUCCAAGUGAUCCAAAUAAAAGUCUUGCUGACUCUGUCCAAGCAAAAAUAUACGAAAACACUCAAAAUCAAAUGGAAGGUAAUGAAUAUCAAACAACACUUAAGCCCACUCGCAGGGCACCAGAUAAACCGAAUAUCAAUAAAGACAACACUCCCAAGGACGACAAUAAUAUCUACGAGAAUACAGACUUCCAUAAUUCAAAUUUGAUAACUAGUCAAUCUAGCCCUGAAAAUGGGCUCAAACAAAGUACCUCUGAUAGAAGUCUAACUGCCCCAAAUGAAAUUCCUUACCGAUCUAAAUCCAAGACCGGAAUGAGUUUCAAAAAUCGAUUAAAGAGUCUUGGAGCAGCAAGUUCUGAUAGUAAAAAUAAUUUAUCAACAAUGAGCAUUGCAAGGAGUACAUUUUAUGUAUCAGAGACCAGUGAGCAGGACUCGGGAAUAUUUGAGAAGGUAUCAUCUUCAGAUGUGAAUGUUCCAAAAGUUCAAGUUGAACAAACUGAUCAGCCACCUGUUGUUGUUAUUCGAAAAAAUAAAAGACAAACAAGUGCUACCAACUCUACUCGAAGACAAACUUCUAUUGGGCUUAGACCAAAUGACCCCCCGCCACCACCUCCGAUUUCAGAUGGCAAAACAUCAAAACAGCGACCUUCUACAACAUCGUGGUAUGCAGAAUGCGGAGUGUUUAAAAUUCAGAACAACAUUAGUGUUGAAGAUGUUAAUUCAGAAAAACAACAACAGAAUUUAAAUAAAAGUACUUCCAAUACGUCGUGGUAUGCUGAAGCUGGUCUAUACCAGACGAGUGGCGUUUCAGUGGCGAGUUCAAGUGGAAGUUCAGGGGUUUCUACAGGGAAUGAAGGUGGAACAGGAGAGGAUGUUGGCCAUCAUAUGUUCUUGAAUGAGCCGUUAUACCAAAUUUACAGUGCCGAAAAAUUAGAGUCAAUAUCUCGUGAUAUGGAAGACCACGAAUCUACUGACGGGUACGAAGAAAUCGGAGGACGCAAUUCUAAAAAUGAAAAACCCAAGCGAACAAGACCCACAGCCCUUCAAUUAGUAGGUCCCAAAUCAGGACCAUCACGAACUCUUUGGAGUGAAAUUCCAGAAGUUAUAUCUUCAGAAAUAUUAUCAACAUUAACUCCACGUGAACGAAGUCUCCAAGAAGCCAAAUUCGAGAUAAUCACCUCUGAAGCAAGUUACCUGAAAUCACUUAAUCUUUUGCGUAGCCAUUUUAUGAACCAUCACACUUUCCAUGACACAACGAUACUCAGUUCUCGAGAUCGUCGAGCUCUCUUCUCCUACAUCACUCCCGUUCAUGAGUGUUCUGAGAGAUUACUCAGUGAAUUGGAAGCCUGUUGGCAAGAUAACAUCAUGCUAUUGGGUUUGAGUAAAAGUAUUUACUCAUGUGCCGAGAAAGACUUCCAAGUUUAUGUGGCAUAUUGUGAACAUCAAGGUAAAAUGGAUCGUUGUUUGCGAAGACUAAAAGAAGCCAAGGGAUUAUUCUGCCAAAAGUUGGAACAACUAGAAUCCGAUUCAGUAUGUUGCGGCUUAACACUCCACUCAUUCCUAAUGCUCCCGAUGCAGCGAAUAACUCGACUGCCAUUGCUCAUCGAUGCAGUUUUCAGUAAAGUGCAACCCAAUGAUGAUGAAUAUGAUAACUGGAAACUAACGUUAGCCAUUUUGAAUAAAAUAGUAGCACAAUGCAACGAAGCUGCAAAUCGUUGCGAACAAGCCUAUGAAAUUGAACGAAUCUCAAAGCAAUUAGAGUUCCCAUCUCAUGUGAGAGCUUUAGCAAUAGCUCCGGCAGGUGUCGCUGUCACAGGUGCCAAACCUCGUUUUUUGGUUAAAAAGGGUGAAUUGGUUCACUUGGUUUGGCGGGGAGAUGAUGCGAAACUAACAUUCGGAAAGAAAUUCGCAAAAUCAAAUAUUUAUGCAUUUUUAUUCUCGGACCUUAUGGUCUUGACUAAACGAAAGGGAGAAGAACAAUUCACAGUGUUCGAUUAUUGUCCGCGAAACAUGUUAACUAUUUCAUCAGGAGACUCAAUUCCACAAUUGCCAACCAAAGAUGCAAACCAAACCGGAAAGAAUUUAAUUCUGAUGACUCUGUUGGAAAAUUAUGAGAGAAAGACUGUUGAAUUUAUUCUCUCAUGUCCUUCUGUUUCGGAAAUGGAACGAUGGCUUCAGGCAACAAGACCCCCAGAAGCAGAAACUCCAGGAGAAAAGCUCUACGAGCAAUGGGAUUGUCCACAAGUAACUGCUACACAUGAAUUUAUUGCAACCGAACCAGAUCUUCUUAGUCUAGAGGUUGGAGACGUGGUUAAUGUUUCAAGAAAACUUCCAGAUGGUUGGUUUUAUGGUGAACGAAUAAGAGAUGGUAUUACUGGGUGGUUCCCUGGCAGUUUUACCGAAGAAGUCAAUUCGGCUCAUGUGCGAGCUCGAAAUCUCAAACAAAGAUAUCGUUUACUAACAUUUACCGCAACAUAUCUUGAAAUGCAAAAGCGAAAAUAAUGCCAUUAUAUUAAUUUUAUGAAUAUAGUUUAGAUUUUAGAAGAAAAAAAGUUUUAAAUGUUAAAAAUUUGUAUAUGUAUAUAUUUUUGAAUAUAAUGUGAAUAGCAUUUGUACAUAAAAAAAAAGAAAGAAUAAUAGAGUUAACCAAUUUGAAUUGCAAUAAAAUUCAACACAAUGUGAUAAGAUGCAUUCUAGAAACUUUAAUUUAAUUAUAGAAUUUAAAUGUAUAGAUGUUUUUUUUUUCUCAAUUUCAAAAUAAAAUUACGAAAAUAUUAUUUAAAAUAAA